UGUCUGCAGGCAAAGAUGGCGGUGCGGAAGAAAGACGGCGGCCCGAAUGUAAAAUAUUUCGAAGCGUCUGAUACCGUUUCUCAGUUUGAUAAUGUCCGCGUCUGGCUGGGAAAGAAUUACAAAAAGUACAUCCAGGCUGAGCCCCCCACCAACAAGUCUCUGUCCAGCCUGGUGGUCCAGCUGCUCCAGUUCCAGGAGGAGGUGUUUGGUCGACAUGUCAGCAACCCUCCUCUUACCAAGUUACCUAUGAAGUGUUUUCUGGACUUCAAGUCAGGAGGGGCUCUCUGCCACAUCCUGGCUGCUGCCUACAAGUUCAAGAGUGACCAAGGAUGGCGCAGGUUUGACUUCCAGAAUCCGUCGAGGAUGGACCGAAAUGUGGAGAUGUUCAUGACGAUUGAGAAGUCCUUAGUGCAGAACAACUGCCUGACUAGACCUGUCAUCUACCUAAGCCCUGACAUAGAGCCAAAACUGCUCGGGAAACUGAAAGACAUCAUCAAAAGACAUCAGGGCUCAGUGACUGAAGACAAGGCCUCCAGCUCCCAUGUUGUUGUGCCCAUUCCCACCAGUCUGGAGGAAGAGGAGUGGGUGCGCCCUGUGAUGAAGAGAGAUAAGCAAGUGCUGCUCCACUGGGGAUAUUUUCCUGACAGCUAUGACACCUGGAUCCCAGCCAGUGAAAUUGAGGCUGCAGUGGAGGAUCCUCCCAGCCCAGAAAAGCCCAGGAAGGUCCAUGCAAAGUGGAUUUUAGACCUGGACCAGUACAAUGAGUGGAUGAACGAGGAGGAUUAUGAGGUGGGAGAGGGCUGUCCUAAGAGAAAGAGGAUCUCUGCCAAGACCCUGACAGACGAGGUGACCACACCUGAUGAGAGGAGGGACAAGAAGCCCGGCAGCGCCAAGAAAAGGAAGCGCUCGCCGUCUCCUUCCCCGACCCCUCCGCCUCAGGAGAGCAAGAAGAAGAACACCAAAAAAGGGCCAACGACCCCGUACACCAAGUCUAAACGGGGCCAGAGGGAGGAGGAACAGGAGGAUCUGUCUAAGGACCUGGAUGAAGCAUCACCUGUUGCAGCAUCUGAAGAGGGAAACCCAGCAAAGACAAACAACACUAAGAAGGAUUCUGAUUCAACUCCAGUGAAGGGAGGGACAGAUAUGGAUGAGCAAGAAGAUGAGUCGAUGGAAACAACUGGAAAGGAAGAGGAGGAAGGAUCUCCGAGUGUAAAGGGGGAACCAGUGAAAGGUUCAGACCUUCAUGAGGACAAUGUGACUGAGCAAACCCACCACAUCAUUAUCCCGAGCUACGCUGCCUGGUUUGACUACAACAGUGUUCAUGCCAUUGAACGCAGAGCCCUGCCAGAGUUCUUUAAUGGAAAGAACAAAUCCAAAACCCCUGAGAUCUAUCUGGCCUACAGGAACUUCAUGAUUGACACCUACCGACUGAACCCUCAGGAGUAUCUGACCUCCACCGCCUGCCGUAGGAACCUGGCAGGAGAUGUAUGUGCGAUCAUGAGAGUCCACGCCUUUCUGGAGCAAUGGGGACUCAUCAACUACCAGGUGGACUCUGAGAGCCGGCCCACACCCAUGGGUCCUCCACCCACCUCUCACUUCCAUGUCCUGGCAGACACUCCUUCCAGUCUUGUGCCCCUGCAGCCCAAGACGUCCCAGGUCCGUGUAAACUCACAUAAACACACAAAUAGACACAGUCACACAAAUUCUAGGUUGCUUUACAUUUGCCCCUCUUUCACUGUGGCCUUGCAGACCCCUGCCACCCAGCAGAUGAUGUCAUUCCCAGAUAAAGUGAAGGACAAGCCGGCAGAUCUGCAAAACUUUGGGCUGCGGACCGACAUGUACAGCAAGAAGACUGGCACUGCAAAGAGCAAGAAUGCAGCAAGUUCCAUGAGGGAUUGGACAGAGCAAGAAACACUACUACUACUUGAGGGCUUGGAGAUGUACAAGGAUGACUGGAACAAGGUGUCUGAACAUGUGGGCAGCCGUACACAAGAUGAGUGCAUCUUACACUUUCUGCGGCUGCCCAUUGAGGACCCGUACUUGGAGGACACCUCUUCGACUCUGGGCCCACUGGCUUACCAGCCAAUACCUUUCAGUCAAGCUGGAAACCCUGUCAUGAGCACCGUGGCCUUCCUCGCCUCCGUAGUCGACCCACGUGUGGCUUCAGCUGCAGCUAAAUCUGCACUUGAGGAAUUUUCUCGUAUGAAGGAGGAGGUUCCUGCAGCGCUUGUUGAGGCUCAUGUGCGGCGAGUGGAGGAAGCAGCGAGGGUCAGCGGCAGACAGGAUCCCCUGUAUGGCCUGGAGGGCAGCGGCAUCGCAGGCACUGGCCUGGAGGAGGGAGAAAGGCCUGAUGAAAGCAGUGAUGAAAGUAAGAGUGACAGCCAAUCAAGUGAGGAGAAGAGAGAGGCCAAGGACAGCAAAGAUGGAGCGAUUGAGGAGGAGGAGAAGCAGGCGGAGAAUGGAAAGAAGGAAGAGGAAAGAGGAAGAGAACCAGAAGGAGAGAGAGAGGCAGACAAAACAGAGUCUGAAAUGGGUGAUGGAGAGAAGGACAAGGAUGGAAAAGAGGGAGCAGAGGAGGGACAAAGAGAGGGGGAGAGUGAGGGAGAAAGGAAGGCUAAGGUGGAGCGUGAUGUUGGAGAAGGAAACCUGGCAACAGCUGCUGCCUCCGCUCUAGCAGCUGCUGCUGUCAAAGCCAAGCAUCUGGCUGCAGUGGAAGAGAGGAAGAUCAAAUCUCUGGUGGCUCUGCUGGUUGAGACCCAAAUGAAGAAGCUUGAGAUUAAACUGCGACACUUCGAAGAACUGGAAACCAUCAUGGACAGAGAGCGGGAGGCUUUGGAGUAUCAGCGGCAGCAGCUGCUGGCUGACCGUCAGUCCUUCCACAUGGAGCAGCUGAAAUACGCUGAGAUGAGGGCUCGCCAGCAGCACUUCCAGCAGAUUCAGCACCAGCAGCACAGCCAGGCCGGGGGUCCUCAUUCCAACCAGGCAGCCUCAGGCCCGCCAGCCCAAGGGGUAGCUGCAAGCCAGCCAGCUCCCAGCACACCAGCGCCGCAGCCGGCCCCCAGCCCUGCACCACCAGCCUCCUCUGCCCCGGCCUCUGAGUCCCAGCCUCCCCAGGGCGCUCACACCUCACCCCCCUGUCCCCCAGGCCAGGCCCCGGCUGCUCACUCCAGCUCCAGCACUACACCUGUACUCCACGAGUCCAGCACCCCUCUCCCUGGGGAGACGCUCCACCCUUCGGCUCCAGUUCCUCCUCCCCAGUGAGAAAAAAUAAAUUGCCUGAGAAUCCGAAUGACUCUGACCACUUGAAUCCUGCCUGUAUCAUCUGAAAUGAAGAAGUCAUCAAUUGAAGGAAGAGAACACAUUUUACAUUUUCAGUAUUUUUUUCCCCCAAGAAAACAAUUUGAUGUGAGAAAGAAAAAAAUAACAUCUAAAUCAAUCCACCUCUACGCUGACUAUCUGUUACAAAGAGAAGUCCUUUUCAAACUUAAUCGACUAUUGAAGAGAAUUCAUCCUGUGUGGUCGACUGGACAGCAACAUCUCAUCAUUUUCAGCUUAACACCAGAGAACUGGUUAACUUUGAAGGUCUUACCGACAUGCUGGCACUCAAGGAGAAGAAGAGAAAAGACUCAUCUUGUGUUUUCAGUGUUUUGGAAAUUGUUGCAUUUAUUUUCCUGCAACAGUUUGUCACAGCUUGUGAAGUCUCGUGCUUCAUAAUCUCUCCAGUCCCCCUGUCGUACUCCAGGUACUAAAAUAUAUGUAAGAAAAAAAAAGCACUUUUAAUAUGUUUCCCGAGGUCUCAUUGAAAGACUUGAAGCAUCCAUGAAAUUGAACUUUAGCACUUAUAAUAUCUUCCUUAUGUUGUCUUAAAUACUUUUUCAUACUGAAGGCUUUGAAAACUUGAUUGGGAAUCUUAGUUUUUCCUCUAUUUUUAUUUGUUUUACAUGGACAAACGGUCACUCUACAGGGUCUGGCCUGAAGGUCACAUGUCUAAAACCAAUGAAAAGUCUGUAAUGAAUGAAAAAGAUGAAAGUUAAUGAAGCCAGUUUGAAAUUACAUGAACUUAGUUUGGAUGCAGUUUGAGAAAAACGUACUGUGAACUGGAUUUUCUGUUACAAACACACCAUUUCUUAAUGAUAAUACAAGAACCAUUUGAAAGUACUGACAGCUUGAGGUCCUGAAAAGACCUCCUUUUAAAUGUCUUAACGUGUUCGUGUCCCACACUUUUCAACAGCACUUAUUGAAACCCGCGGCAGUGUGGAGCUUCACGUCUUGCAAGCGCGGAUGAGCUCAAAGCAUCCGAGCUGCAGUUUUGUGAGGAAUGUAGUUUUGUUCGAAAGGAAUGACUGAAAAGAAAGUCUGGGAAUAAUACUGUACUCCUAUUAGCGACCACAUACGUGUUUAUUCAGAAUUUGACUUUGUGUUGAUUGCCAAACCAAAAUGUUUUUAUAGUCAUGUUUAUCUCACAUUUACUCGGUGAGUUUUAUUACGGUUACUUGGGAAUUGAGGAGGAUUUUUAGCAGCUUGUUCCUUCGCCGGUGCAUUUAAUGAUAAACAUGGAAGAAAUGUUAAAGCUGUCAAACAAAACAAGGGAGCACCUUAAACAGCUGACAAUGGAGAAUUGUGUCCUUAAUAUCUGCAACAAUAUCCUCACUUUUUAUCCUAUCAAUUUUUAUAUUUUUUACUGUCUGUUUUUCCAUCCUCUUUCUUUGAUAUCUCAACAUUGUAACUGUGUAUUAUUACCUUUGUAGCCUAUAUUUACCCUCUCCACCGUUGUGUAUGAUUCGGACAUUUCUGCUGGACCUGUCCGAGAUGUGACUGUGAGCAUGUGUGUAUGUGAACGCAUGCCAUUGAGACCUGUAAACCAUAUUACCCUUCAGUUUUUCUUUUCAGUGCCAUCUGUUGUGUGUUCACCAAGUUUGAAGAAUUUAAAAAAAAAUGAAAAGAAAAAACAUGCUUCAUUCUGCGCACGGCAUGUCACGUCACGUCCGUGUCAUGAAAUAUACUCCAGUCAGAUGGUGAAACUUUACAGUUAAUGUCCGUCAAGCCAGUAUUGCAGUCCUCACCACAGCUGUGAGCCUAAAUGGACUUCUUUUAUCUGUGUUAUUAUUACAUUGUGUGGAUUUUGUGAUAUGAAAUAAGUGUCUGUUCAGUUUCUGUAUGUUUUUCACUAUGCUGAAGGUAGCAGCAAUUGCGUUGAUCAUUAUACAGUAGAAAUCAAUUUUUUCCUCAGUAAAUCAUCGCAUUAGUGCUGACAGUUACUCUGGCAGUUUGUAUUAAAAAAAUGUCAAAACAAAACAGGUUUUAAUUACAAAAUGUUUGGGGAAAAAAAUAAAGACGUGAAGAGGA